AUGAGCAGCGACAAACUGAAGCAGAUUGUCAAUCGUUUCCGCGUAGAACUGGACGAGGGUCUGGCUAAGCACCACCAGAACAUUGCGAUGCACCAAAGUUGGGUACAUCACCUUCCUUCGGGAAACGAGAGGGGCACAUUUAUCACUCUUGACCUUGGCGGAACCAAUCUGAGAGUCUGUGAGAUAACACUCCAUGGACACGAGAAGGAGGGCAAAGAAAAGACUCAUCUCGAUCAGAAGCAGUAUAAGCUGCCCGAAGAGCUCAAGAAAGGCGAUGCAGAUGCGCUGUGGAGCUUCAUUGCAGAAGAGCUGGAGGACUUUGCGAAGCAGAACAGUUUGAUGAACAAUUUCAAGAAAAAGCGACCAAUGCCGCUUGGUUUCACAUUCUCUUACCCAGCAACACAAGCGCGCAUCGACCACGCAAUUCUCAAAACAUGGACUAAAGGCUUCGACAUCAGCGGCGUGGAAGACCAUGACGUCGCGCAGCAACUACGCGAGAAGAUUGAAGAGCGAAACCUCCCGUUCGAACUAAUCUGCGUCAUCAACGACACAGUCGGCGCAAUGAUAGCAUCCGCCUAUAACGACCCCAAGACUAUCAUUGGCGCCAUCUUCGGCACCGGCUGCAACGCAGCCUACAUGGCCAACUUGUCCAGCAUCGGCAAGAUGAAGGACUCCGAUCGCGCCUACUGCAGCAAAAUCAGCGACAAAAUCGUUAUCAACUGCGAAUACGGCGCCUUCGAUAAUGCCCACCGCGUUCUCCCCUGGACAAGUUAUGACCAGCAGAUCGACGCUGACUCGCCGCGCCCAGGCGAACAAGCCUUCGAGAAGCUGUCUGCGGGCCUGUACCUGGGCGAGAUCUACCGCCUCAUUGUGCUCGAUCUAGCGGACCGCGGGCUGGUGUUUAGAGACCAGGAUAAGAGCAAAUUGAAAAACCCGUACUCCAUCGACACCGGCUUCCUCUCGCAAAUCGAAGACGACGACUCACCAUUCUUCUCCAAAUCACGAGAUCUCUUCUGCUCCCUGCUCUCCCUUUCCCCUUCAGACAUGGAAAUCGAGCUCUCCCGCCAUAUCGCGGAGAUGAUCGCUGUCCGCGGCGCGAGGCUUUGUGCAUGCGGUGUUGCGGCGAUUUGCUUGAAAGAGGGUAUUGAAGACGGCCAUGUUGCGGCUGAUGGAUCCGUGGCAAAUAAACAUCCUAAGUUCAAGCGAUGGAGUGAGCAGGAGAAGAGGGAGGGAGAGGGGCCGAUUAAGAUCACGAGUGCGGAAGAUGGGAGCGGGAUUGGGUGUGCGAUCGUUGCUGCCAUGGAGCUGGAGAAGAGGAGUAAGGUGUAA